AUGGAACUCAGCAAAAAUGAGGGCAAACCAAACACCGAAGAAGAAGAAAAGAGAUGGCAAAGCCACGCUCUGUUCAAGAGAGUCUCCGAGAACUGCCUCAUCAACCAACAACAAUCACGAGAUCCAUCAAGAGAUAGCGAACUGCGGCGCUAUCUUGAUGUUUUGCAGGAAGCUAUGCCAAAGCUCCCAGACGACGGUCUCCUUCCUAGUUCCGAGGAGCGUCGACUGCCGAUGGGUAGUUGGCUUCGUCCUCGACUAUCACGCCCGGUCAUCAUUCCUCAAGGGCAAUUCAGAACAUCGACAAGAGAGUUUUGCCAAACAUAUGCCCCAGUCUUGAGAGAUUGUGGCAUUGAAAAGAAGGAAUUCCUUGGAUUCAUAGACGAUCUGAACCGAGUAACCGAGCCCUCCACUAGGGACCAUGCCAUCAACAUUGGCGGCUUCGCCAGCGCGGCGGCCCUCACCACGCAGGAUCCCAUGCUAAUCUCGAUGGCAUAUAGCCCGGGCUUCCAUUCUACCGGGCUUUCAUCGAGACACAGUACAACCAACGACCUAUUGGAAAAGGCAAACAUUGAGCUUUUCCGUCCACGAGGGCUCGUUUGUUUUCUUGUUAUUUGCCACCGGAAAGCGCCAGAGGAGAGCAAAAGAUUAUUUCAGAAAGUACCCAGGUCAUCAAAAACCAGCUUGGAUCAAAGCCAGGAGGAGAAACGAAGAAUGCAACCGAAGAUGGUGGAGAGGGUGGGGGAUGUGGACGGGACCGACUUUUCACAACUCGGAUUCUACACCGGCAACGACUCAUACCUGGAGUUGAGCAACAAUCCGCGUCCUCGAAAGAGAUCAUAUCGAACAAGAAAAAACGGCACCCAAAUCGAUGAACAUCGGGGAAACCGGCCAAUUUUCCCAGCGGCGAGAGCGUACUACAAAGGAGACAAAGGCUUCGAAGAGGCCCGAAAGCGACGGUCCACGUCGAGAUACGCAAAAUCAAGGCAUCUAGCAGGCACAAAAUACAACACAAUACUUUUCGUUGGAGUUGGAAGGCUGCCCGCGGCGAACUCUGCGGACGAGACCGACGAAAAGAUAUUUCCGUCGCGAGGACCACCUGCGGACCCAGAGACAGAGUCCAUCAGUAAAACUUUACACCGUCGAGUCCCCGGUAACGGAAAGACUGUGGAUCCGGAUGCAAUGUUUCUCAUGAUUCCAGAUAUCAAUAUUUACUCGAGGAAUUUCUACACGAUGGUCACAGCUUCCAAUCUUGUUGAAGAGAUCCGAGGUCAUACCUCAUAG